CAGUGGUCAGUGUCAGGGGGCUGUCUGUAAUCCUGCACGUCUGGAUUGAAUGCGUAAUACUAUUUUACACCGUUUACACCGAUCAGAGGUGAAUAUUAACGAUUGGAGAAUAUGUCCGGCACAAUGAAUCGCGGGGAUGAUAGACCCGAGGAAGACGUCUUCAAAAUUCUAAUUGCAACCGACUGUCAUCUUGGUUAUGAAGAAAAAUCCAACAGAGGGGAGGACAGUUUUACAACUUUCGAGGAGAUUUUGAAAUAUGGAAAACUGCACAGUGUAGAUUUUAUUCUACUUGGUGGUGAUUUAUUCCAUGAUAAUAAGCCCUCUCAAGCCACGGUGAUGAAAUGCAUGAAUCUACUGCGCAAAUAUUGCCUAGGUACAAAGCCCAACAAGUUUCAAUUCUUAAGUGACCCCAAGAUGAUUUUUAAACACUGUUUAAACAAAACAGUCAACUUUGAAGAUGCUAAUCUUAAUGUUGAAAUACCCGUGUUUUCUAUACACGGAAAUCACGACGAUCCAAGUGGACCUGGUCAGAUAGGAAGUUUAGACUUGCUAUCGGUCACUGGACUGGUCAACUAUUUUGGUAAAUGGACGAAUCUGAACGAAGUCCAACUAGCCCCUUUGUUAUUCAGAAAAGGAUGUACCAAUCUAGCUUUGUAUGGCCUCAGCUACAUCAAGGAUCAAAGACUUUCAAGGCUCAUGAGAGAUGGAAAAGUGCACACGCUUCGUACCAAUGAAAUCGAUGAUUGCUUCAACAUAUUUGUACUCCAUCAAAAUCGUGCUAAGCACGCAGAAAAUGCGUUUGUCCCAGAAGAAGAUUUACCAAAUUUUUUUGAUUUCGUAUUGUGGGGACACGAGCACGAAUGUCGUAUCGAAACAGAGCAAGUUGGAAAAAAACACUACCACAUUUGUCAGCCUGGAAGUCCUGUUGCAACUUCGCUAUGCCAAGGUGAAGCUGUUCCCAAACACAUAGGCAUUUUGAAAGUUUACAAGACAGGUUUUCAACUACAGAAACACAAGUUGAAAACAGUGAGGCCAUUUGUCUUUGAUACAAUAAAUGUUGAUGACAACAAUGACAUAAAAAUUCAACCGUUGGAAAAACUUUGUAAUACAAUCGAAUACUAUGUUGACAAUUAUAUCGAAAAUGUUAUGAUGCAAACAGCGGCAGCCCAGCUAUCUAGAGAUCCACGUCAACCAACACUACCCCUACUGCGACUUCGUGUAUUUUAUACAGAGGAGGAGCAGAAGUUCGAUACGUUUAGAUUAGAGCAAAAGUAUGUUGAUCAAGUUGCUAAUUCAGGUGAGAUUAUUCGUCUGCGCAAAAAAAAAAGUGGAUGGGCCAAGAAAGUAGACUUUGAUGAUUGUGAUGAUGAUACUGAUGCUAUUAUGGAAGAAGCUCUAGGAUGUGAUGAGGACGAGCCUGAAUGGAACAAAACAGUUCAAGGAGGAAUACGAAAGUAUUUUGCAGCAGGAAAUAAAAAACACAAAUUAACUGUAUUGUCUCUGACUGGUCUCAAUGAAGCCUUGUCCCAGUUUGUAGAUAAAGGAGACUCGAAUGCAUUCGAUGAUAUAAUUGAGCAUCAGAUGAAAAAAACUCUUGAAUAUAUAAGCAGUAAAGAGUUAGAAACCCGUGAAGAAAUAGCAGAUGUAAUUCAAGAAUUUCAAAACGAAAGGGACAACACAAAUGAAAAUGAAGAAAACCAGGUACGUGACUUCCUGAAUUCUUCAACUCGUCGGGUUCGUCAGCCAGCUGCUAAUUUAGAUGUCGAUGAUACAGCAGAAGAUGACUGUGCUACCAAAAGUAAUGAAGACAAUGCUGUCAGAGGAAGAGGUAGGGGAAGACGAGCAAGAGGUCGGGUAGGUGCUGCUUCUGGGAGGGGCAGGGCAAAAGCUCCUGCAAGUAUAUCAGCUAGUAAAACUGUGCUUAUUGACAGUCCGACAAAAUCUACUAGAGCAACAAAGACAAAGCUGACAGAGAGUGCUAUGCAGCCCGCAAAGCAGACAAGCAUAGCUGCUCAUUUUCCAAAAAGUCAGAAAGCUUUGAGUAAACCGAUAUACAUAUCCGAUUCGGAUUCCAACUCCGACUAAGCUUCCAUUCAAGUUGUUUAAGUUUUUGUAUUAACAUUUUUUAAAUUUACUGUAAACUGUUCCAAGUAAUUAGGACUGUAUAC